CUCACACAGAUGCUGCUGCUGGGUCAGUGUCAUGCCGUCUAUUAAUAAUAACACAGGCAGAGCAACCACAGCGAGGAGAAGCGAGGGGAGAUCCACGCCACCGUUUCUGCUUUUUGGCUCUGCGGAGACGAACCAGGGCGCGCACAAUGUGACAUAACCCCGCUGCGGCUCCAGCUACAAAAAAAAAAAACAACCCAAAACGCCCUUCAUCUACAUUUUUUUUUCUAUCCGUCUUUUACGACCUCUUCCCAGGUGCUUUUGUGUGGCUCACCUUUCACACAGCUGGCACACAGUCCCCAGCUCCACUCGUGCGCUCCGCUGCGGUCAUCCAUCGGCUCAGGCGGCUGCGGCUUGUUGGUAAACACGAAUCGGAUCCCGCCGGCAAGGACUCCCUCUGGUGCAUUGAUGCACCCGUUUCAGUGGUGUAACGGGUGCUUCUGUGGUCUGGGACUGGUUUACUCCAACAAGUCGUGCACCAUGCCGCCCAUCACCUUCCAGGACCUGCCCCUCAACAUCUACAUGGUGAUCUUUGGGACGGGCAUCUUCGUCUUCAUCCUGAGCCUCAUCUUCUGCUGUUAUUUCAUCAGCAAACUACGACACCAAGCCCAGAGUGAGCGGUUUGGAUACAGAGAGGUAGUUUUAAAAGGAGAUCCAAAGAAGCUGAGCCUUCACGGGCAGACGUGCGCCGUGUGUCUGGAGGACUUCAAAGUGAAAGACGAGCUGGGAGUGUUGCCAUGCCAACAUGCUUUCCACAGGAAGUGUCUGGUGAAGUGGCUGGAGGUGCGCUGCGUCUGCCCCAUGUGCAACAAGCCCAUAGCCGGCCCCCCGGAGCAGCACCACAGCAUAGGGACUCUGCUGGAUGAACUGGUGUAACCUCUGGACCCCCGCCAGCCCUGGUGGGGACGCCGGCGCUCGGCCAAACUAGCUGGUGUGAGUUAGUGACCAACAGGAGGAGGGACGCUGUUUUUGCUGUUAAAACACAUCAGCAAAUCGACAACAUGAUGAUGAUAAGUUGGGGUAACCUAGUUACCACCCGGAGGAAGACUCUGAAGGAUGCUGUUGCCUAGCAACAAUCUCCGUGAUGGCAACACGACACCUUGUAGUGUCUGAGAGAUUAUCUUCAGCCACCCACACAUCACUCCGCCACUCUUCUUUCAAGAUCCCCCCCCCUCCCCAACCUCUCCACCCGUUCCUUCACAUCUUCUCUUGUUGCCUCGAGUGAGGUUAAUAGCAGCGCUGAAGUGGAGGAGACGGGUUUUUUUUGUUGUUUCGCAGCGACGCGGACGAAUGAGUGUCGACUGAUGACAGCGCUCUGCAGGAGGCACCGAUCCCCUCUGAGUGUGUGACGGUGGGCACAGGCAUGAAAUAAUAAUAUCCACACUGGGGGCGAUUAGCGAAGCUCCUGUGUUAAAGUAACGACCUCUUCAGUUCUUUCAAAUGUGAAGAUUUGAGUCCAAUCCUCAGACGUUUAUAUUUCCUGCCGGCGGUUGCACAAGGUCGUUUUUUUUAGAGGUUAUCAAACAAACAGGUGAAGCUGGAGCUGUCUAGAAACAAACACCUGAAGAGAAUGAAUAGUGUACACGGGGUAAACUGCUGUAAACUGAAUUUUGAAAGAUUAAAUCACAAAAGUUCAUCAGCAGAACCUAAAUUAUUCAUAUUAGUGACGAGGUGCAGCUCGAGCUCUCGUCCACAUGCAGAAAUGUCUCGAUCAAGUCAGAACAACUGCAUUUUUUUUCCUGAUAUGAAAAACUCCACCCUGGUGCCCACCGGUACACCGAGACCAUGACUGUACAUGCUCCAUUUGUUUUCUUUCCACUGGGACGACAUUCUUUUGUGUUAAUAUAGAUAGAAGGGACUGACACAUUCUGCCUCUCACUGUAACUGUUUUGAAAUAUGUUGGGGUUUUAUUUAUUUUUUUUUUUAGAUAUUGCACUUUGAAUUCACAUGCACACACACACCCACACAGACAAAAACAAAAAAAAGCCGUUUUCAGGCCUCCGUUCGUCUAAAACAGUAGACUAAGGUGUGGAUGCAGCACAGCAGGUCCCUUGUUUAUGUCUGUGAAGCUGAAGGAAGCGGCGUCGGAGGCGGUGAAUUCAUCAGGAAAUCAACUACUUUUUAUACACACAGUUUUUGUGGCAUCAUUGCUGGUGAUCCUGUUUUUACAUUCUUCUGUCGUAUUUUUGUCGGGUUUUUUUUUUUUCAGUUACAGUGAUCCUGAAAGCAAAGCACUGCCUAAAUUGAGCACAAAACUCACAAAGCACAUUGUCCAGAUACAGCAGACACCUGCACUGUAAUUUAAAUGUCCAUGUGCCAAGACAAAGGAAAAAAAAAAAAAGUUGAUCCUGUUGCAUUUUCAGCACACGAGAAAAGGGAAACGUUCACUCCGAUUCUGGCCACAUUCCACAUUUUGUAAUCCAACAGAUGUAAAUAACUUGGAACAAUAAUAAAAAACAGUUGUCUGUUU